UUUGUUAUCUCUGCCCUUUGAGAGGGGUCUCAUUAUAAAAACAGGGUUAAAUAUGUUUACGUUUAUGCGGAGGGUGUUCCUUUGUUAUUUUAGUUUAUUUACGUAUAAUUGACGAAUUAAAUGUUAGUUAACCGAUUAUUUUUUUAAAGUGAAUAUCGGUUUUUUUUCCUUAAUAACGGGGGGGAAUAAUGUCUUGUGAAAAGAGAAAGUUUGAGUGUACUGCUUUACCUAAAGGCUGGCAGAGAGAAGAAGUUCCGCGAAAGACGGGAUUGUCGGCAGGAAAAAUUGAUGUUUACUACUACAGCCCGGAUGGCAAGAAGUUUCGGAGCAAGCCACAACUGGCACGGUACCUCGGGAACACCUUGGAUCUGGCUACCUUUGAUUUCCGCUCCGGCAAGGUCAACUCGCUGCUCAUGCGCAAGAACAAGAAACAACGAGGCACCCAGUUCGACUACAGUAGAGGCAUCAGGAACGAUGCCUCGUUGGUGCCGCCCAUUCGCCAGACGGCGUCCAUAUUCAAGCAGCCAGUCACUGUUUACAAGAUGCAGGAAGGGAAGGUGAAGACAGACUUCAAGCACGGCACUCAGGAGAAACCCAAACAGCUGUUCUGGGAGAAGCGGCUGGAGGGCCUGCGGGCGUGCGACGCCGACGGCACGGAGUUCGACGGCAUGGAGCUGCCGCGCGUGCUGAAGCCCGUGGGGCCACACGUGGGCGAGGAGACGGUGCUGCAGUCCGUCGCCACUGCCCUCCACGUGUCGGCCCAGCCCGUCACCGGCCAGACGGGCUCCCGCUCCGCGCUCGAGAGGAACUCCGGGGUCUUCCUGAACCCCGACCAGCCCCUAAUGCAGGCUGUCUCUGUUGCUGACGACGACAUCAAACGGCAAGAGGAGCGAGUCCAGGCCGCCCGCAAGAAGUUACAAGAUGCACUCAAGAAGUCUCUGGUUCUCGCAGUCUGAACAUGGAUUUUUAACUCCCAAAUUCCUGGAUGUCACUCCUGCAUAUUUUUAGUCUCCCAUGGAAGUAGUAGUGGUAUUUCUGUGAAAAUUUUGAUUGUGAUUGACUAGUGCUGUUUUCUUCCACAAUAUAGGAUGGGGAAUUCAAAUUCAAUACAAAUUUCAAGAAUAUAAAGCAGUCACUAGUUUUACAUGAUGGGUCGUCUUAUGCCACUUCUUAACUUGGCUGAUGUAUGGAGUCCAAAUAACUGUUGAAUCUCAAGCUGCUUCUUGACUAUUAGUGUUAACAUCUGAUCAGAUUCUUAGGUUCUUGGCUACUUUAGAGAAGAAUAUAAGAGUAGGAUGUUGCAUUUUAGGUAGUGCCCACUCCAGCCUUGGACACCUUUAUAGGUCAAUGCCAGCAGAUACACUUGUACAUUGGGUUUAUUUUCUCAUUUUUCUGUCUUGAUAAGCUUACCUUGCUCAAAAAUAUGGUAAUUUUUCAACAUAUUUAAUUUCUCCAGGAUCAUUUUUUCAGUUAAGGUACCCUGGCUGUGUCGCAAAACAGCACUCAGCACCAGGUGUUAGUGUUCCAUUUACAAACUGCUCCAGAUUUAUUAAUAUUAAAAGUGCAUGAUUACUAAUAGAAUUUAGGAACAAUUGCGUUUCUAACAUUCUCCUGUAAAGUGGAAAAAGCUAAAACUGAUGUUCUCAUGGACAUAAAAAAAUUCUGCAAACAGUAUUCUAAAUGAUAUAGGGACAUUCAGAGCCAAUAUCAUUAUUAUUCCAUCAUAACAUUAUAGAAGCAUGUUACCAAUGAGAAUGCACGCCAGUUCAGUGCCUUGUGCAUAAAGUUGUAAUGCCUCCGUGCUUUUAGAGCUAGUGGGCCCGCCAAAGAACCACCUUAAGGAAACAUUUCAUCAUUUAUUUCAACCUUUCUCCUCUGAAAGACUAACUUUUCUGUCCACAUGUUUGUAUAUUAUUGUAUGUGCUUUUAACUAAUUUUUUUUUAGCUACCUACUGAUUUGCAGUUUCUCACAUGUACAAAACAUUGGUGGCAUACAUAUCCUUGUACAUUAAGUCGUUUCACCAUCUAUACACAUUUUCUGACACUUCCACUCUUGUGAUUAUUAACAGUACAUGGAAUUGGAAAAUAGUUGGUAAAUAAACACAUCAGCCGACAGGUGGUCAGACAUCUCAUUCGGAAGAUACAACAUUCCACUGCAUUUUUACAGUAGUAUGUUUGGAAGUUUUGUACACAACUGUUUAAACGAUGUAUUAAAUGCCAGGAUGUAAAUUAAUAGUCUACAUCAUGUGUUCUAGAAUAUAUAUUUUGAAGCACACAUGGGAAGUUUCAUGGAUUUAAUGAACAAAGCAUGCUGCAGAAGCUAAGUUGUGUGUGUGGUGUUGCCAGUGUUUAAAUUAUAGUGUAAGCAUCUUUUAUGGUGGAAUUUGUGAAGUUAAGUGUAUGAAGUGACUUGUCUGUUCAGUGCAAAAAUAAAUGUUUUUUAUAAAAAUAAAAA